AUGUCUCGACCUCGCGGUGGGUCCAGUCCUCGCCUUGAGCUUCCGCGAAAGAGCGUAGAACUUGAAGAUCCCGGGGCUUCACAUCUCCAAUCAUCCGACGAAGAGUACUUCUCAGACGCUUCCGAAGGCAGACGCCGCGCCUCAAGGCCCCAAACUCCAGCUUCUCCCAUCCCAAAGACAAGAGUAGAGCGUGUCGACGAUGACCCUGCGUAUGGAGAGGUGCCGGGCACCCCUGCUUAUGACAAGAGGACUCAGGACGCAGUGCCAGACGAGGUGGAGGUGGUUCCUGAAGGCCGCCUAAGCAAACGCUCGAGCCAGUAUCUUGAAGCACCCACAACCCCGGGAGGGUCAGUCAUCCCACGAACGGUGGUGGAAAAGAUCGAUCCAUCCUCUUCUAGCUACGGUGAUGAGCCUGGUACAACCGGCUACAAGCACCGUAAGAUGGAUUCUAUUCCAGAUUUGGUGUUGAAGGCACCCGAAUCUGGGAUUUCCCGUCAAGAAGAUACCGGUCGACCUUCCAGUUCUUCCUCGACACGAAUUCCUGAGACGAUCAUUACACGAGUCGACAGCGAGCCAGCUUACGGCGAGGUCGACGGCACUGCAGCCAAACAGCGACGACAGCAAGACGCUGCUCCAGAUACCAUGGAGAUCAAGCAUGAUACAGAGUCUAUGGGUGACAGUCAAUUAGAAUCCCACCGUGCUACCACACAGUCGAAUACCGACGACGACAGUGAUGAUGACGACGUUGACGACUUCGGAGACGACUUCGAUGAAUUUGAGGAAGGAGCCCAAGCAGGGGCUGAUGAUGAUUUUGACGAUUUCGAUGACGACUUUCAGCAACCACAUUUACAAGCUCCUCAACCUGAGCCAUCACCUUCUUUACCUCGCCAUGUCCAUCCAUUGAUAGAUUUCGAUGCGCUAUCAGACCUCCCCGAUCUCCUCGCUGCCACUGAGCAACAUCUUGACGCCCUCUUCCCCUACACAACAGCAGAAAGUCUCAAUGCCUUACCUAAACCUUCUCCCAUCGACAACACAUCUCCGAUAUUCCCAUCAGACAGAUCUCGUUCGUUAUGGAAACAGCUUGUAACGCCACCUCCCCUACAGCCUCCAAAUUGGACACAAUCACGUAUAAGGAGGCUUUUUCUCGUUAGCCUCGGUGUUCCGGUUGAUCUAGAUGAAAUUCUACCGCCUUCGAAGCAGAAAAAACUCGUGCUUCCUGAUAUCAAUCUUGAACCUUCGCGAAAAUCGGAAUCCGACAAGAACCUGGGGUCUGUUGCACGCUUGAAGCAGCAGGCCACAAACGACUCCACAGCCUCGCUUGAUAGCAACCAGUCUGGGAAAGAAGGCAAAUCUAGUCGCAGUCGACGACCGAAAGGCCCUGCGCCUCCACCGGAUCUGGAUCUGGUAGCUGUCAAGCGGCUUUGUGCCACCACGGAUGAGAAAAUUGAUGGUCUAACCGAUGACGAGCUCAAAGCCCAUGUCAAGCAGCUGGAAACUACGACAGAAAAAACCUCGGAGCUCCUAGAAUACUGGCUACGUCGCAGAGAUGGUCUUCGGAAAGAAAAAGAGGCUUUCGAGGGUGUGAUCGAAAACUUGAUCAGGCAUAUGAGGAAGUAA